AUGUACUUACGGGAAAUUGGAAUGAUAACAGCUCUUCACAGAGGGUGUUGGUUAUUUUCUUUGUAUAGGCAAUAUAUCCUAUGGAUAUCUUCUGUGAUACAGAGUCAUUCUACAGAAAAAGCUUGUGUCCACCUUUUAAACCUUAAUGAAUCUGUAUCCUUGAGCGUUGUCUUAGAACAUGAUGGAGUCAAUACCACUAUUUUUGACCAGUCUGUGGAGGAAAAUAAUUUCCAUGCUUGUGCAGAUUUCAAGGUCUUUCAGAAAUCCUCUGAAAAAUUGGCUUUUGUGACAUUGCUGGCUAAGGGAGAUACACUUAAAAUCUUUGAGAGGAGAUCUGUAGCCAUCGCUUCAGAAGAGACCGUAACCUUUGUGCAGACAGAUAAACCCAUCUAUAAAUACGGAGAGAAGGGUGAGUCAAUAUUGAUUCUAGCAACAGGUUUACAUAAUACAAUGGUUGCAAGCAUAGGAUGUGGAGUAAAACUGUGUGUUCAAUUUCGUCUGGUGACAUUGGAUACUAAGUUCAAACCUGUUGCGGAUUUGUAUCCUUUAAUCACACUUCAGGAUCCUCAAAACAAUAGGAUUUUUCAAUGGCAAAAUGUGACUUCUUUCCAAAAUAUUACCCAGCUUUCAUUCCAGUUGGCUUCAGAACCAAUGUUGGGAGAAUACUCGAUUGUUGUGCAAAGAAAAUCAGGAAAGACAAUGAGACACCAAUUUAAUGUUAAUAGAUGGGUGUUGCCCAAGUUUGAAGUUAAGGUCGAUGUACCAAAAACAAUAACUAUUUCAGAUGAUGAAUUCCAAGUGGCUACAUGUGCUAAGUACACCUAUGGCCAACCUGUGCAAGGGAAAGCCCAAAUCCAGGUGUGCAGAAAAUUUUAUGCCUCUCAGAACUGUGAGGAAGACAACAAUGAAAUCUGUGAACAGUUUCUUGCACAGUUGAGAAAUGGUUGUGUUUCUCAAACUGUAAAUACAAAAGUCUUCCAACUCUACCGUUCUGGAUUUUUUAUGUCCUUUGAUAUCACGGCAGUUGUUACAGAAAUCGGAACAGGCGUGCAGAUCAGUGAAAAGACCUCUAUUUCCAUCACUCACUUGCUCGGAAGUGUGAGAUUUGAGAACACGGACCCUUUCUAUAGAAGAGGAAUUACUUACUUUGGAACUCUUAAAUUUUCUGGCCCCAAUGAUGUACCUAUGGUGAGCAAGUUACUGCAAUUGGAGCUCAAUGACAAAUUUAUAGGAAAUUACACCACAGAUGAGAAUGGUGAAGCCCAGUUUUCCGUUGAUACCUCAGACAUUUUUGAUCCUGAAUUCAGCCUGAAAGCCACAUACGUUCAGCCGAAGAGCUGCUAUGGUUCCAGCUGGUUGACGCCUAACUAUGCAGACGCUCAUUUGUCAGUCUCCCGCUUUUACUCCCGAACUAGCAGCUUUCUGAAGAUCAUGCCAGAACCAAAGCAGCUUGAGUGCAAUCAGGAGCAGAUUGUUACCGUGCAUUAUUCCCUAAACGGUGAAGCAUAUACAGAGAAUUCGAACAUAAACUUCUUCUAUUUGGUGAGUCUCAACAAUGAUCCAGGACAUUUUUGGCAUUGUUAUCAGUUGAUGACUUUUCUUAUUUACACAGCCUGGAAUGGAAACUUCUCAUUCACCAUCAACAUCAGUGCUGAGCUGGCUCCUGUGGCCAUCAUGUUCGUGUACACCCUUCACCCCAGUGGGGAAAUUGUGGCUGACAGUGUUAGAUUCCAGGUUGACAAGUGCUUUAAAAAUAAGGUUAACAUAAAGUUCUCUAAGGAGCAGGGGCUACCUGGCUCCAAUGUUAAUCUCUACCUUCAAGCAGCCACUGAUUCGUUCUGUGCCCUGCGGGCUGUGGAUAAAAGUGUUCUUCUACUGAAAUUGGAGCAACAGCUGUCGGCUGAAAGUGUGUACAAUCUGCUUCCAUAUGUAGAAUCAUAUGGUUAUUUCUAUCAUGGUCUCAAUCUUGAUGAUGAAAAGCUCAACCCUUGCAUUCCUCAGAAGGAUAUGUUUUACAAUGGUUUGUAUUAUAUGCCUGUAAGCAAUUAUGGGGAUGGUGACAUCUAUAAUAUCGUCAGGGAUAUGGGUCUGAAAGUCUUUACCAAUCUUCACUACCAGAAACCAGAAGUGUGUUCAGUGGAUAUAAGGCUGCCAUUCCCUAGACCAUUACGUUAUGAAGCAGGAUAUGCAUCUAUGUCUAGCGACUCAUCCAGAUUUGCAAGUAAGACCCUGGAGGAGAAUUCUGGAUAUGUAGAACAGGCUAUAAUGGAAACAGUAAGAACAAACUUUCCAGAAACAUGGAUCUGGGACCUCGUCAGCGUUAAUUCCUCAGGUUCAGCAAAUCUUUCAUUCCUCGUUCCUGAUACUAUAACCAAAUGGGAGGCAAAUGGCUUCUGUGUGAAUGGUGAUGUUGGAUUUGGCAUUUCAUCAACAGUUACUCUGAAAGUCUUUCAGUCUUUCUUUGUUGAAACUACUUUACCCUUUUCAAUGGUUCGAAAUGAACAAUCUGAUUUGAUUGUCACUGUCUUCAGCUACCUGGAUACAUGUGCAGAGAUUUCUGUUCAUUUGGAAGCAUCUGAGAAUUAUGAGGCAAGUAGUAACACCCUGCAAAGCAACGGUAGUGAGAUUAUUCAAGCUGGAGAGAAGAAAACGUACGUGUGGACUAUUAUUCCUAAGAAACUGGGUAAAGUGAACAUCACUGUAGUUGGUGAAUCCAAACAAAGUAGUGCUUGCCCGGAUCAAGCAACUGAGCAGCAAAAUCUAAGAUGGAAAGACACCGUGGUCAAAAGUUUGCUGGUAGAGCCUGAAGGUAUUGAAAAAGAAAUGACUCAAAGUCUCCUUAUCUGUACAGAAGGUACCAAAGCUACCAACGAGGUAGUUUUGGACUUGCCCAACAAUGUAGUAGAAGGAUCAGCCAGGGCCUUUUUCACUGUUGUGGGGGAUAUUCUUGGCCUUGCAAUGCAGAACCUGGAGAAUCUUCUCCAAAUGCCCUAUGGAUGUGGAGAGCAGAACAUCGCCCUACUAGCAUCUGACACCCAUGUCCUUGACUAUCUGAAAUCUACUGAACAGUUGACGGAGGAAGUUAAAUCUAAAGCUGCCUUUUUCUUAUCUAGUGGUUACCAAAAGCAAUUGGCUUUCAAAAACUCUGAUGGUUCAUAUAGUGUGUUUUGGCAGAGGAGUCAGCAAGGAAACAUAUGGCUCACUACCCUUACUUUUAAGACAUUCGAGGGAAUGAAGAAAUAUGUUUACAUUGAUGAAGAAGUUCAAAAACAAACCUUGAUCUGGCUUUCAAGCAGGCAGGAAAGUAAUGGCUGCUUUAAAAGUGAUGGCAAGCUUUUCAACAACGCCUGGGAGGGUGGAGAUGAAGAGGACAUUUUACUGACCGCAUAUAUUGUUGGAGCAUUUCUUGAAGCUGGGCUCAGUCUCACUUUUCCUAUUCUACGAAACGGGCUCUUUUGCCUAGAGGAGGCGUUGGAAAGUGGUGUCACCAACAGCUAUAAUCAUGCAAUUCUAGCUUACGCUUUUGCAUUAGCUGGAAAAGAGGAGCAAGUGGACUCUUUACUCCAGAUCCUGGAUCAAUCGGCAACAAAAAUAAAUAAUGUGGUAUAUUGGGAAAGAGCAAAGAAGCCUAAGACAGAAGAAUCCCCCUCUUUCCUUCCUCGGGCCCCUUCUGCUGAGACUGAGAAGACCUGCUAUGUGCUCCUGGCUGUCAUUUCCAGGAAAACUCCUGACCUCACCUAUGCUAGUAAGAUUGUGCAAUGGCUUGCCCAGCAGAUGAAUUCCCAUGGAGGCUUCUCCUCCACCCAGGACACUGCCGUCUGUCUUCUCGCUGUAACUCGUUACAUGAAGCUCACCUUCUCUAAUGGCCAAAACACUGUCACCUGUAGAAGCGAAGAAUCCAGUGAGAUUUUCCAGGUUAACAGUGACAACCGCUUGCUGGUCCAGCGUUCAGAACUAACAAAAGCACAUGGACAAUACACAGUAGAUGUGGAAGGACAAGGUUGUACAUUUAUCCAGGCCACCCUUAGGUAUAAUGUGCUAGUACCUAAGAAGGCAUCUGGAUUUUCCCUUUCCUUGGAAAUAGUAAAGAAAAACUCUUCAGAUACACUUCAGAAUAAUUAUGACCUAACAGUGACUUUCAGCUACACUGGAAUUCGCAAUAACUCCAAUAUGAUCAUUGCUGAUGUAAAAAUGCUAUCAGGAUUUACUCCAGUCAUGUCAUCCCUUGAGGAGCUUGAAAACAAUGGCCGAGUGAUGAAGACUGAAGUCAAGAGUGGCCAUGUUCUUUUCUACUUGGAUAAUGUUUUUGGUACAGCAAAGAGUUUCACUUUCUCUGUUGAGCAAAGCAACCUUGUGUCCAACAUUCGGCCAGCUUCAGUGAUGGUCUAUGAUUAUUAUGAAAAGGAUGAAUAUGCUCUUGUUUCUUACAACAUCACUAGUGUUUUAGUUUCCCAGUGAGACAAAACAAUGCACAGGAAAAGGUAAGACAAUUACAUAUUAUAGACCUUUGAAAACACAGCUGGUAAGAAAAAGAAAACCUAAAAAAGAUAGAAGAAUGGAUAAAACAAAGAGACGUCUGGCACUUGACAUGGUUCAUAGAGCUAUGUGCACUAUAUGAGUAUUUGAUAACCCUUAUGAUUUAGUAAAUUUCUUUAAACUAGCUUUAAAGAAUUUACAGCUAUAUGUACCUUUUAUCACUUUUUCAUCUUUGUUUUAUAAGUUGAUAGGUCAUUAAAUGUAUAUGUACAUGUAUUUAUACCUAUGGGCUCAAAUAUAGCAAUGAUUGUAGGAUGGUGCAGG